ACUCUACCGAAAUCGAGCUCAUCUUCAAUUUCUCUCCCCGAGCCUUUUCAUUCCUCAACAUCGAUGGAGGCGGAGAAGAAGAAGAGAAGACGACACGCAGAUUCUCACCCACUCGCCCCUAUUGCUUGCGCGUUAUACUCAGCUUCCGAUCCAUAGUCGCCUUUCAUUAUCGGAUUAAGGGAAGAAAAAGGGCGAACCGACCAUCAGCGCAAGCCCGUUAAAGUCCCAAAACUCUCACUCGCGAGGAAAAACGCUUCAUGCGGUCUGGCCUACUGCCUCGCAUUCCAUCGACGGGGGGGUUUUUUUUUUCACUUUCGCAUCAACGCGUCGUCGCAUCGCCACAUCGUUUAAACUCCGAGCCCACCUAACGAUUGAGAAGCCGCCGCAGCGGAGUGCUGCCUCUUAUUUAUCGCCAACCAUGAUCAAGGAGUUUCUCGAUUCGGACAGAUUGAACUACCUUGUGUGGAGGUACCUCCUGGAAAGCAAUUACCGGGAGACGGCAGCCAAGUUUCAGAAGGAAUGGCGCGUCCAGGAACCUCACCGGCAUUUUGAUUUUGCGCGCCACAUCAAGAGCCAUGCUCUGGUCUCGGUCAUCAACAAGGGCCUCUGCUACCAUGCACUUGAACGAGAAUAUGCACAGAAAGCUUUACCUCCAGAUGCACCAGCUUCGGCAGUCGAAGCAGUUCAAGUAGGUAUUUUUGGCCCUAUUGUCGCACAGCCGCCGCCGCCGCCGCAUAAGGUGGAAGACGACGAUGAGGGCAGCAUCGGCGAGGUGGAAAACCCGCGGAAGCGCCAGUUGGACAGCCGUUCGCACCGUGACCAGCAUGAGGUGAAUGGAUCGCAGGCCAAGCGCCCGAGACUCAGCAAUGGGUACGAAAAUGGGGUGGAUGCAGCCACGACACCAAUGGAAAUCGACAACCACCACAAUCAUCACCACAAUCAACACCACAAUCAACACCACAAUCAACACCACAAUCAACACCACAAUCAACACCAUAAUCAACACCACGCACCGGACGAGAACAACCCAGCUUAUCCGUCCCCACAGGAUGGCGAACAGGCCCCAAGCCCCAUCCCUCACACCGAUGGCCCCGAGCAGGGCACGCAGGUCGACAAGGUGGUCGAGCUGGCCACAGAGACGACAUUUUUGCGAUUGAUGCCAGACGACUCUCCCUCGUCUCCCGCCGCCGCCGCCACCACCGCCACCACUACAGCACUGUCUGCGCCGCACCCUGAAAAUGCACCCAUCUUGCUGCGCUGCGAGUGGAACCCCAGGGAUCCAUCGAGCUUGGCGGCUUCUGGGACGGACGCGCUAGCCCGCAUUUGGACAGUCCCACGGGCCGCCACCACCUCCCCGAAAGACACGGAUGAUGAAAUCUCCGAUCACGUGAACGGUGUCGACCGACCGUUUCAUAGCCUCGUCGACAGUGCAACGCCGCGCACGGCGACUGUCGGUCAGAUGGCCUGGAACUCGGCCGGUACGGUCAUCGCCGUGGCCGCGGACCACGACGGUCAGGCGUCCAUCAGCACCUGGACCAAGGACGGCGAUGCGCUCAGUCGCUUUGACAUCUCCGAACCUCCCGUCAUCAAACUUCGCUGGAACCCGUCGGACACGGCGCUGCUGGCUAUUACCCCCCUUAACGGCAGUGCCCUCGUGACUGUGUAUGAGAUGCCCUCGUACCACUCGCGGACCUAUUCGCUGGCCGGGCACGACUUGCUCCAGUGGCCGCUCGACGCGGCCUGGACGAGCGACACGGACAUUUUGUUGUGCGGCGGAGACGUCCUGGUGUUGCUCCGAUGCACCGAAUCCGGCAUUGUUGUGGAGAAGAAGUUCGAGACGCGACAGGAAGACAGCUUUUUGCAGGUGCAAUUUGACACACGAUCAAAGUUGGCGGCCACAGCUAGUGCUAAGGGCGUUAUUGACCUAUGGGACGAAACGGGAGAGCGGCAAUCCAUUUCGGCGCAUUCGGGGACCAUCACGGCGCUGCAGUGGCAGCCGUUGCCAACGGAAGCUCAAACGGACGACGAUGAACGGCUCCUCGCAAGCGGCGGGGACGACUGCGCGAUUCUCAUUUGGAACGCGCGGAAGGCGGACAAGAAAGCGAGGUGCUUCCUGACGAUGGACUCUCCCAUCGUUGGGCUGGCGUUCACUCCGGACGGCGCGUUCAUAGCUGGCGCGACAGCGGGUCGCAUCCUCAUCUGGAAGGUCGGCGAGCACAGCGUUCCCCGGGCUAGCUGGAGCCGGACACCACACCCGGGAUGGCUGAGCCCGAAGACCAGCUCGGAAGCCGAGGAAGAGGAUGAGCAUUGUCUGGGAUGGGACUGCGACGGCCAGAGGUUGGCGUAUGGAGCUAAUAGCAGGCUUGCCGUCGUAAACUUUAGACGAUGAUACCAGGCGGCGGGGGGG